AUGAGGGCCGUGCUCUGGGACCUGCUGCUGCUCUGCCUCUUUGCCCGUGCAAGGAGUGACUGUCGAGGGGAUUGCCUGCGCUGCGACCGCCACUUCUACCGGGAUGGCUUCGACCUCCUCGUCUGCAUCCUGGAGUGCGAAGGCGAAGCCGUCCCGCGGGCCACCUGGGAGAUGUGUGCCACCAGCAUCCGAUCUGCGCCGCGUCCAGGUGCCGUCGGUGCCGGCGUCCUCGGUGCCAUGGAGCCGGCCGAGGCGGUGGCGAGCCCGCUGCAGGUAAGCGAGCUGCUGCGGCGCCGGGACGCCGAAGACGGAGGUGCCGGGAUGGCGCCGGGCGCUUUCCCAUCGCAGGACGAGGACAUUUCCCGGCGGCUCGGAGGUGGCUUCCCACGGGGGACACGCGGCUCGUGGCCGGCGGCCCGUGGGGUGCAGAAGAGAUACGGGGGCUUCAUCGGGGUGCGCAAAUCGGCGCGGAAGUGGAACAACCAGAAGAGGUUUAGCGAGUUCCUGAAGCAGUACCUGGGCAUGUCGCCCCGCUCCACGUUCCGGCACCGCGUCCCGGCACCUUCCGCCAGGCACAGGCAAAAUUAA